CGCCGGUGUUCGCAAGGACCAGGUCGAGAAUCGGAAUAAGUCGAGGACACGGAUAGGGACUCGUACUCUCGCCGUCGCCGAGGAGGACGGCCGACUCUUGCCGGGACUCGGACCCCUCCAGCGUUUAUAUAAGAACAGAGGCACCCCAUCGAGCCAACACCACACAACACGUCCGAUCAAAGAAACACAAGCUCUCGAAACAGCUAGCGAAGCAAGUCAACAAUGGCGAGCGGCAGGAGGGAUCUCGCCGCGGCGACGAUCUCGCUAGCCGUGCUGCUCCUGCUCUUCUUGCCUAGCACCGCCGCCGCCGCCAACGUCCCCAGCAUCGACGCCACGCGGACGCGCCACCUGCCGCUGCCACGCGGACUGCUGCGCGGCCCGGAGAGCGUCGCCUUCGACGCCAAAGGCCACGGCCCGUACAGCGGCGUGUCAGACGGCCGCGUCCUGAAGUGGAACGGCCACAAGCUCGGCUGGUCGACGUACACCUACAACCCCGACUACAGCAGCGAGGCGUGCACGGCGUCUCUCCUUCGCCCGGAGACUGCCACCGAGGGCCGCUGCGGCCGGCCGCUCGGUCUGCGGUUCCACCUCAAGUCCGGGUACCUCUACAUCGCCGACGCCUACAAGGGGCUCAUGAGGGUCGCGCCAGGCGGCGGGGAGGCAACUGUGCUUGUCACGGAGGUUGACGGCGUACCUCUCCGCUUCACCAACGGGGUAGACAUCGACCAGGUAACCGGAGAGGUCUACUUCACCGACAGCUCCAGGAACUACAAUAGGUCGCAACAUGAGAUGGUCACAAGAACCGGAGACUCGACGGGUCGGCUACUGAGGUAUGACCCACGGACAGGAAAGGCCGUCGUGCUCCAGGUCGACAUCACUUACCCCAAUGGCCUCGCCAUUAGCGCUGAUCGGACACAUCUCGUCAUCUCAUCGACCGGACCGUGUAAGCUGCUACGAUACUGGAUCAAGGGCUCCAAGGCGGGCACCAUGGAGCUAUUCGCCGACCUCGCUGGCUAUCCAGACAAUGUGAGGCCCGACAAGAAAGGAGGAUACUGGGUGGCACUACACCGUGAGAAGGCUGAGCUCCCAUUUGGCGUUGAUAGCCACCUGCUAGCAUUGAGGAUCGAUGCCGAUGGAAAAAUAAUCGAGGAGAUGCGGGGACCAAAGGGUGUGAGGCCGACCGAGGUGGUGGAGAGGAAAGGCGGCAGACUAUUCAUGGGAUCUGUCGAGCUUCACUAUGUGUCCGUCGUCACGCGUAAAUAGAGAAAUCAAUUAGUAGAGAUGUAUUGAGUUAGGAUAGGUUUUCA